UCGAAUAUGGCUGCUGUCGCCUAGGUAACGGGGCCUACUACUGGAAGUCUGAGCUUGCAGAUAUGACAACGGAGCCUCUCCUGCAGUAAGCCGCCUGUGUAGCUGUGUUUGGGAUAUAUGCUCCGGCUGUACAAAAAUGGCAGAUUGCGAUGAGGGAGAAAGGUGGUCAAAAGGAUCAGAAGACCAUGCUGCAGAAGCAAUGGCUGCUGAUAUGGACCCCUGGAUAAUUUUUGAUGCAAGAAAGACUCCACGGGCUGAGUUUGAAGAGUGGCUAGAAACGUAUCGUCCUUCCAGGGUCUCUCGUUUUGGUAAUCCUGAGGAAGGAUCUGGACAAGUGGGUUGGUUGGCUGUGUAUGGCCCUGGUUAUUGUCCACAGAUUGAAGGUGGAAAAGAACUUCAGGAUGCCUGGGACCAGCUUCAGAGUACAGGACGAAAAAUCAACUAUGAACUUGUGCGAGAAUUGGCGCUUAAUUAUGGUGUAAUAUCUGGAAAAUGGCUGAUGCAUUUAGACACAGGCUUUAAAGUUGAUCAUGCAUGGCGUGGAAUAGCCACUGCAGUGAUGGAAGGUCGCCUUAGUGUAGCAAAAGUAAGUCCUCAUCAGCCAGAUAGCAAACAUGUUAUAUGUGUGUAUACAUGUGACUUUACAGAUGAGGAAAGCAUCAUGCAAACAGAUGCUGUCAUUCGCAGCUCAGGUGUGAAAUGCCUACUAACUUACAAGCCAGAUGUAUACACUUGCCUAGGCAUUUAUAGAAAGAACCAGUGGCAGAUAUGUCCCACCAUUUUUGAAAGUCGAUAUGAUCUGGAGUGCAUUCCGCGGAGAUCCAGAGUUACUAACAAAAUAACGAACAUAGAAGUGACAUAAAGUGAAACUCUUACCCAAUUUACAAUAAAAACAAGCAUAACAUCGAUUUAUUCAUAAUUUGUGUGGAUUGUUUGGUCAUUCUUGUGUUCUAAGGACCAAACUACAUUGAAAUACCUGACUGUGUCAUUUGCUUUAAAUGUAUAUGUGCUUACAAUAAAUAAUAUGUGUACAUCA